CCGAGGCCGGUUCCACGGCCAAGCUGGACGUGCUGACGCUGCUCCGCCUGCGGGAGCAGAUGAAGCAGCAGCUCAUGGAGUGCAGCACUGCGGCCCAGGCGGGUGAAGAAAGUUUUCCUGACCAUGUCAUAGAAGAAAAGCUAAUCAAGAGUACCACAGAAGACUUGGAAAGAGAGAUGGAGGAAGUAAAAGUCUCCUUCCAAAACAAGACAUUGGUGUUGCAGAGGAUGCAGCUUAUAGAUGCCCUGAGAAACAAAGUGAAACAAGAUGAUGAAGACUCGAGACUGAUCUUGGAGACUAUGAAACACAUAAUACUGCUCAGCACAUCAAUACUCGAAUCUCAGCAGCAAGCACGUGAGAUGGAAGAGAAAUUGAAUGAUAUUAAAAGGAAAAGACUCAUACUAAAACAAGCUGGAGGAAACAAACUACUACAAAUUCAUACUACAAUGAGAAAUCAAAAGAAGGAACUGGCAAACAUGGAAGUGGGUGAAAUGCUGGAGAAGAUACGUAACAACUUACAAAAAGAAAAGGAGAUGACAACAUUAAUUCAAAAUAUUUUCCAGAAUAUCAUAAUCGGAAGCAGAGUUAACUGGGCAGAAGAUCCAUCCUUAAAGGCAAUUGUUCUACAGCUUGAAAAAAAUGUGUCUUUUCUCUGAGUGUGUCCUUUGUGACUAUGCCUCAUGAUGCUCAAGACAUCCGUGACAAGAUAGAGACUAUAGAUUCUGUCUCACACGGCAAAAUACGUCCGACCUAGAGAAAAAUGCACAUAAAAUGGAAGGUGCUGCUUGAUGCUGUUAAAAUUAUUCAACAGAGCUGUAUUUUAAGUCCUUGACCUUCCUCUUUUUACUUUAUGGUAGAAGAAAGUUGUUAUGGCAGAUCAUAUUUUGUGUAACGUUUCGGAUUAAAACGAUUUUGCUUUUA